CAUUAUUUCUCUAUUCACUUUUUGAACUUUUUUUUCAGAAUCAUAUGUGUGAGUGACGGAUUAUCAAUGAGGUUCUAAAUGGCUUACUUUCUAGAGACAACCAGAAAGAAGGAAUUUCUAUACCAAUUGGAAUUAUCCCUGCUGGUUCUGAUAAUUCACUAGUUUGGACUGUGCUGGGAGUUAGGGAUCCAGUUUCUGCUGCAAUAGCUAUAGUUAAGCUUUGUUGUUUUUAGGGGGGUCUCACAGCUACUGAUGUUUUUGCUGUUGAGUGGAUCCAGACAGGUGUCAUCCACUUUGGGAUGACAGUCUCCUACUAUGGUUUUGUUGGUGAUGUGCUGGAGCUCUCCGAGAAAUAUCAAAAACGUUUUGGUCCUUUACGAUAUUUUGUUGCUGGGUUCCUCAAGUUCUUGUGUUUGCCGAAGUACAACUAUGAAGUGGAAUAUCUUCCAGCAUUAAAGGAAGAUCGAGAAGGCAAAAAUGCAGCUGAAAGGGAGAUAGUUGACAUGUCAGACCUGUAUACAGAUAUUAUGAGGAGAUCAAACACAGAUGGCAUGCCCAGAGCCUCUAGUUUAUCAAGUAUUGACUCAAUAAUGACCCCUAGUCGAAUGUCUGGAGGUGACAUGGAUACAUGUAGUAGUAAUCAUGCCAGCACCGAACCAUCUGAAUACGUUCGUGGCCUUGAUCCAAAAUCAAAACGUCUAUCAUCUGGCAGGAGCAAUGUUACAGCAGAGCCAGAAGUUAUUCAUCCGCAGUUACCAAUGUCAACAACCCCCAACUGGCCAAGGACAAGAUCAAAGUCAAGGACCGAUAGAGGAUGGGCAGGAUUAACUGCAACGCAUGAUCCCUCAAGAUGUUCUUGGGGAAAUGCUGCAACAAAUGAUAGAGAGGAUAUUUCCUCAACAUUAUCUGAUCCUGGUCCAAUUUGGGAUGCUGAACCAAAGUGGGAUACUGAGCCUAACUGGGAUGUAGAAAACCCAAUUGAGUUGCCUGGACCUUCAGAUAAUGCAGAAGCAGGAAUGAAGAAGGAAGCUGUCCCUAAAUUUGAAGAUCAAUGGGUUGUUACAAAGGGGCAAUUUCUUGGUAUCCUAGUAUGCAACCAUGCUUGCAGGACUGUACAGAGUUCCCAAGUUGUGGCGCCAAUGGCUGAGCAUGAUGACAACACCAUGGAUUUGCUAUUGGUUCGUGGAAGUGGGCGACUGAGAUUGAUGAGAUUCUUCUUGCUUCUGCAGAUGGGUCGGCAUCUUUCACUUCCAUAUGUUGAGUAUGUUAAGGUAAAAUCAGUGAAGAUAAAAGCCGGAAAACAGACCCAUAAUGGUUGUGGGAUUGAUGGGGAACUUUUCCCACUUAGUGGUCAAGUCAUUUCAUCUCUGCUUCCAGAACAGUGCAGACUUAUUGGGCGUGGCCCUGGUCGUCGCGUAUAACAUGGGAAAGACCCCUGCUUUUGAAGUCUUUUGUUAUGCUGAUUUCACAUGUGAAAAAUGGUGAAGCGUCCUUAUACAGAGAGAAGACUAGCUUUUGUCUUUUAUCUAUAUAUAUUUUGUUGAAACAUUACUCCAUCCCCUUUUGUGCCAUAUACAUCUGAGAUCCUCUGUAAAUUUUUCACCCAGAGUUAUGCGAAUCUGUUGCUUGCUGUUCCUUCCUU